AGUCUCUGAGCUGGUUCAGAUCCGCCAUCUUCUUUGUUUACUAUUUGUUCGCGCGUCUUGGCCUCUACAAAUUUGCCUCCCACACCACUCUGAGGCAUGGGGGAAUUUUGCCCCGCUUGAGCGACUAAAUACACACACACACACACACACACACACACACACACACACACACACACACACACACACACACACACACACACACACACACACACACACACACACACACACACACACACACACACACACACACACACACACACACACACACGAUGGAAGUCGACCCUGCUUGGCAAACCCCUCCAUUGCUGAAGGAAGAGGAGGAGGAGGAGGAGGAGGAAGAGGGAAGAGAAGAGGAAGAGGCAGAAGAGGAGAGGAAGGAAGAAGAGAAUGAGAAAAAUGAGGAAGAAGAAGAAGAAGAAGAAGGCUUAAGAGGAGAGGAAGAGAUGAAGGAAGAGAGGAAUUCACAAGAAGAAGAAGGAGGAGGAGGAGGAGGAGGAGGAGGAGGAGGAGGAGGAGAGGAGGGAAUGAGGGAAGAAGAAGAGGAAGAGGAAGACAAAAGAGAACUCUCAAAGGAAAUAGAGACUAAGGAAGAGGAGAAGAAGGAGGAGGAAGAGGAGGAGGAAGAGGAGCCGGCGAGAAAGGAGGAGGAAGCAAGAGGAGGAGGAGGAGGAGAUGAGAAACAAGAGGAAGAAGAGGAACAGAAGGAAGAGCUAACGAAAACAAAGGAAGACACAAAAACAAGACAGGAGGAACCAGAACUCACACACUCACAAACAAACGCAAAUAUCUCUGAAGGAAACGGGUCCACCACCACCGCCGCCACCACCAAGCGACGCCCAGACUCCCUGGCCGCCGCCCCGAAGGUCAAGCGCAGGAAACACAAACAAACGGACGCACCGCAGCCGAAAAACGACAGUGAUUCCACAGACUCGGAUGACGUUGACUCGGACACAUCGGAGGGCGUUAGGCGGAAGAAGCGGAGGUUAAACAAGCGCAGGAGGGGCGGGACGGGUGGGCUAAGCGUGCGUCCUAAGGUGAAGAACCUCCGCCGCAAUAUCCGAGACAUUAUAAGCGACGAUCGGCUGGAAGAUGACACGUUAAACGCACAGAAGGAGGAACAGCUCAGAUUACAAAGGUUGCAGGAAAAGAGGCUGGCAUUAAGAGAAUACCUGGAGCAACAGCAGGUGGAGAGACUAGUAGCAGAGGUCAGCGCUAAUUUGGAAUCUACUACUACUACUACUGCUGAUGCUACUACUACUACUACUACUACUACCACUACUGCUACCACCACCACCACCGCCACCCCAGCUGAUGAUGAUGAUGAUAUUGUUGUCCUCAGUGAAGAAGAGGAGGAGGAGGAGGAGAGGAAGAGGAGGAGGAGGAGGAUGAUCUUACAUGGGGAGGUGGUGGAGGAGGAGGAUGAGGAGGAAGAGGAGGAGGAGGAGGAGGAGGAGAAGAAGAAGACGAGGAGUGUUCUUGAAAUUCCAAAGAUCUUCACUACAAGAUUCAAGGAGGAGGUAGAGGAAGUUAUAGAAGAGGAGGAGUUAGAAGGAGUAGGAGGUAGGGAAGAGGAGGAGGAGGAGGAGGAAGAGGAGGAGGAGGAGGAGGAGGAGGAGGGGGGCUUGUGGAGGAUGAAAGCUAACAAUGAGCUGAUUUACCCGCCAGUGGAGACCGAACUAAAGGAGAUAUCAAGCGACGAAGAGGAGAACAAGGAAGCCUCGAGAAAAACGAUUAAAAUUGAGGACGAAGAAGAGGAGGAGGAGUACGAGGAAGAGGAAGAGGAGGAGAAGGAAGACAAGAAGGAGAGCGACUCAGAUGUUGUGAUCCUGAGUCACAGCGAAGAGGAAGAGGAGGAGGAGGAUGAGUCGACAAAUUCUGGUGCCCAUAUUAAUGAUGAAUUUAAUCUUCCGGACGCGCAAGGUCGCGUUUUGGUCAACGUCGGUCACCCCGAGUCCGAGGAAGACAUAUUUCUUGCUCCACAGCUUGCGAAAGUUGUUAAGCCGCAUCAGACUGGUGGAAUACGGUUUCUCUACGACAAUAUUGUGGAGUCGCUGGAGCAAUUCAAGACAUCUAAUGGAUUUGGCUGCAUUCUGGCGCACUCAAUGGGUCUCGGAAAAACCCUCCAGAUCGUCUCCUUCACGGAUGUGUUUCUGCGGCACACCUCUGCUCGCUCGGUCCUCAUUAUAGUGCCAAUUAACACACUACAGAACUGGCUUGCGGAAUAUAACAGCUGGUUGCCGGAAGAGGGGAUGGCGCCCCCAACUACAGCCGACGGGACCCCCAUAUGGUGCCGAAAGUUCAAGGUGUUCCUCCUGAACGACGCGCAGAAGAAUCUCACUCAGCGAUCAAGAGUUAUCCAGGAAUGGGAGAAGAAUGGGGGUGUUCUUCUAAUGGGCUAUGAACUUUAUCGUCAGUUAUCGCUAAAGAAGCCAAAAAAACCGAAGAAGAAGAAGAGGGACAGCGAUAACAGAGAGGUAGUGGACAUUGAAGAGGAAGACAAGAACAAGGAACUCCUGGAGGAGAUCCAGAAGGCACUGGUGCGGCCGGGGCCAGACCUGGUGAUCUGCGAUGAAGGGCACCGAAUCAAGAACGCUCACGCAAACAUCUCUCAAGCUCUGAAAAAUAUUAGGACGAAAAGAAGAGUCGUUUUAACCGGUUACCCGCUGCAGAACAACCUAUUAGAAUAUUGGUGUAUGGUUGACUUUGUUAGGCCUAAUUAUCUGGGUACGCGGACUGAGUUCAGUAACAUGUUCGAGCGACCGAUACAGAACGGCCAGUGUGUUGACUCGACGCCGCAAGACAUGAAAUUAAUGCGCUACAGGUCGCACGUCCUUCAUUCGCUCCUUGAGGGAUUUGUACAGAGACGAGGCCACAGCGUUCUAGCCAAUACUCUCCCAGACAAAGAAGAACAUGUAUUACUUUGUCGACUUACAAAUAUACAAAGAACUCUUUAUUCAUCAUUCAUGUCCGAGUUAGCUGCGAGUAAAGCCAUGGCCAACCCUCUCAAGGCCUUUGCUAUCUGUUGCAAGAUCUGGAACCACCCUGACGUCCUCUACAACUUUGUACAGAAGAAAAUAAGUGAGGAUUAUGAUCUCGACCUUGAAGACACCGAGGGGAGACACAAGGGGAGAGGGAGAACCUUGGCCACCCCUGCCCUCCCCAUCCCUCCACACCCCCCUCCCACUGCCUGGCCCCCCAAUGCUCCCCCAGCACCCCAGCAGCCCCCUCCAGUCCCUCCCCAGAACAGGCAUCAUCAACAGCCAUUGCACCACUACCCUCAUCAUCAUCAUUUUCAGCAACAAGAUAUGAAUCUACAACAACAACAACAACAGCAACAACAACAACAACAGCAGCAGCAGCAGCAGCAGCAACAACAGCAACAACAACAACAGCAACCGCAGCAGCCCCAGCAACCUCCCAUGCUCCCGACAUCCUCCCAGAACCCCAUGUUAAUGCCACAGAUGGGAAUGGCUGCGGGAGGGAGCCAAGCCUUUCAAGAUCCAAUGUUGCAGUAUGGAGCGAUGGCGGGAGGUAUGCCUGGCAGUUAUGGUAGCAUGGCGCCCUACCCUUGGUACUCUCAGCCCUACACAGACCCCAGAGCAUACCACGGGCCUGCAGGAUACCCGUACGCCCCCCAGUACGGGUCUCAGGGGCAUAACUGGGGUGGCAUAACAGCUGCAAGUCCGGUGAAUGAGAUGCCGCUCCAGCACUCUCUCGAUCACCUUGCUAUGGGUAACGUACAUUCUCUCCCUCCCACGAACCAGGGGCUUGGUGCGCAGGGGCAGGGCAUGGGGCAGCAGGGGCAGGGGAUGUCCACGCAGGGGCAGGGGAUGUCCGAAGCCCCUGAGAUGAACGGGAGGGGAAUAAAUGGACAGAACAUGACCACUAGUGUGCCGUUGUCCGCACCUGGGACGCAGGCUGGCCAGGGUGGACCUCAGGUGUUUGCUGGAGGGACGUCUGAGGCUAGUCCAGGGCACCCAAAGACGCCGCCAGUGCAGGAGGAGGAGAAGAAGGAGAAGGAGGAGGACAUGAAGAAGGAGGACGCGGUGAAGGACGAAGAGGAGGAGGAGGACAAGAAAGAGAGUGUUGAAGCAAAUGUUUCGGUAAAAAAAGAAGACUCCAGUGGCAAGAAGGAAGAAUUAACAUUUGACUGGACCGAGGGCCUAUUCAAGGACUACUAUCCUGGUCUGCUGUCCUCCUCUGUCAAGUUCCAGAUCUUCUUUCAAAUUCUGGAAGGGUGUGUGCGCCUUGGGGACCGCCUCUUAGUGUUCUCUCAGUCUCUGUUCACGCUUACUUUGCUUGAGGAAUUUUUACAACGUUCCUACAUUCCUGGCAGUUACGAGGGCUGGGCGCGUAACAGGUCCUACUUUCGGCUAGACGGGUCCACGUCCGCGAUCGACCGGGAGAAGCUGAUCAACGAAUUCAACAACAAUCCAACCGUGCGCCUGUUUCUGGUGUCAACGCGAGCCGGUUCGCUGGGGAUUAACCUCGUGGGCGCAAACCGUGUGAUCGUGUUCGACGCAUCUUUCAACCCCUGCCAUGACACACAGGCCGUUUGCCGUGUCUACAGGUACGGGCAGAAGAAGGAGUGCUACAUCUAUCGCUUGGUCACCGACAACUCCCUGGAGAAGAGGAUCUAUGACCGCCAGGUGAAUAAACAAGGCAUUUCAGAUCGGAUUGUUGACGAGCUGAACCCAGACGCACACCUCUCCUCCAAGGAAAUCAGUAACCUGCUGGUGGAGAACGAGAGCGAUCCAGAGCCUAAGGACCUGUCGGAGAAAGCAGAGUCGUACAAGGACCCCAUUCUACAGGAGAUCAUUAGGUCACUGGGGAAGAACCUAACGAGGGAACCGUUUAAACAUGAAUCACUGCUCGUUGACCGGAAAGACAAAAGAUUAUCGCAAGCGGAGAAGAGGCUGGCCAAGAGGUCUUACGAGCUGGAAAAGCAAGCCAACAUAUCGUACAGUCGGCCAUCUUAUGCUGCCUUCUAUCCUAAGACGCAAGGUGGUCAAGUUGUCAUGGGAACAAAGAUUGGGGGAGUGGUCUACGCUAAGCCAGUUGGGACAGUACGACCAAUCCAAGCUGAGAUGGGACAAAGACUGGAAGCUGGCAAUGCGAGCGGACCGACGAUUAUUCACCGACCAAACAUUCUAGGGAGAGGUGGAGGCCAGCCAAGUUUUCCUGUAGAAGCACUGGCGAAGCAGGGAGUCUCAGUUCAGCAGAUAACGGUGCCCAAAGACGUCAGUAUCCCCACAAACUCGGGAGACGGGAAGCCAAUUCUGUUGAAGGCCGGUCAGUCUGUCAUGGUGAUUAAAACACAGAAGGGAAUUUAUCUUAGACUGAACGAUGGGAAGAUUGUUGCCAUUCGAGUGCCCCCAGGGAAUGAAGAGGUGUUUGGCCUGCCACUGAACAAAGGGUCAGUUACGAUUGUUCCCACGCUUGUCAACUCCCCCCGGCCAAGACUAGGCGUUGGAAGGGGGGGCGGGGGCCUGGCAGGGGGGGCAAGACGUGGCCGCCCCCCCAUGGCUGUGCAGUACGCUACAGGGGGGCUCAUAACGAAAGGGAGUCUGGGUACGGCAGGAAGGCUUGCCGGGAAGAAGCCACAAGCACCUCAGGCCGUCUUAAAUAAGAGUGUCGUUAUCACCCCAGCACAACGAACUGGGGGCUCCCUGGGACGUGCGCUGGUCACCAAGGGCCUCAGGGACAUCCAGGUGAGGCCUAAAGUGCAUCUGGCCACCCCCAAGGCUGGCCCUGCUCCGAUUCUAGGCAAAAACGUCAAGAAAGGUGAAGUGAAAAAAGUCGAGGAGGGCAAGGAGGUGGGUGGCAACGAAGGGGUUUCUACCACGCCGCAGACCACCACCACCGCCACCACCACCACAGAGGGCGACGCUGAUGACGUUAGACUUACCACGCCGAAAAUGGACAGUCCAGAGCAAGUGAGCGAGGAGAAAUCGAGCGAGACGAGUGAAACUGUAUCGCAAACGCAGACGCAGCCGCCGACAGCCACUCCAGCGCAGCACAGCGAGGUGGUGCUGGGCCAGCCAUCCCGGACCGCAGUGGGCUUCACCCGGGACGCGCCACAGCUCACCGGGGACGCCAGAACCGGGAUAGUGAAGCCACAGAUACAGGCGCGGACCGAGAGUCAGAAGAUUACCGGAAACAACCAGAAUCAAUCUCCGACGUUUUCGACCGCACAGACCAACAGACCGACUGCUUCGCUCACCCCUCUGCAGUCCAUGAGCAACCUUUUACCACCUCCGGCCUCUACUGCAUCCACCACAAACCCUGGAUUCCCCACACAGCCCUCAGGAUUCCCACAGACGUCCCAGCCGCUGUUCCAACCGUUCCUGCAGCCGCAAAACCCAUCUGUGUCAACUGCCGGGUCGAAUCUUGGCAGCAACGUCGCGCAGGUCGCCCCGCAGGUCCACCCCCCGGCAUCCUCCGCGCCAUCACCUCCCUACAUCGCAAACAGCAGCCCGGUCACCACCCCUACAUCCACUCUAUCGCAGUUCAGCUAUUCCGGUGGCGCCGCAGAGCAGGCCGGCGUCACGAGGGGUCCCGAGUCCCCGCUGAACCUGUCGCAGCUCCUCGGGACGACCAGUAACCUUGACGCACCUUCCGCUAGCAACACGGCAGCCAGCAACACCGGCGCGGAUGACCUCACUCACCACUCCGCUCUAGAGUAUCUUAACUACACCCUGUCGCAGAGUUCUUCAGCUUUCCGACGCCCAGACUACCCUACGAGUCUCUCCGCGGAUUUGCAGAGCCUCUUAAACUCGGCACAGCAGCCGGUCGCCGCUGGGAACCCCGGAGCUGCGUCGUUCCCCGGAUACCAGCCCCCCUACCAGUACAGCCCCUCCUAUAGGCCUACUGGAACUCCCUACAGUUACCCUGCCCAGUAUCCUCACUAUUCACCACAGUACCCCCUCUCUCCCGCCCCACCCACACAACCUAUGGGUCAAUAUGGCGGCCUUCAUCACUCCCCGACCCCCCCUUACAAUUCUUAUGGCCCCCCACCCCCUCCUACCCCCACCCAUGCCCGUCCUCCUUAUACUUCCAUCACUGGCUUUGCCCAUGGGCCCUACCCCCCAAUGUAAAGAGAGAGAGAGAGGGAGAGAGAGAGAGAGUGGAAAGGGUGAUUCUCUCUCUCUCUCUUUCUCUCUCUCUCUCUCUCUCUCUCUCUCUCUCUCUCUCUCUCUCUCUCUCUCUCUCUCAGUGGAAGGAAACACUUAAAAAUUUGAGUGAGUGAGAAAGUGAGAGAGAGAGAGAGAGAGAGAGAGAGAGAGAGAGAGAGAGAGAGAGAACCAAGAUUUCUCUCUCUCGCUCAGUGACAAAAAGAAAUGAGAGAGAGAGAGAGAGAGAGAGAGAGAGAGAGAGAGAGAGAGAGAGAGAGAGAGAGAGAGAGAGAGAGAGAGAGAGAGAGAGAGAGAGAGAGAGAGAGAGAACACAAAAGAAUAAGAUAGUAAUAAUAAUAAUAGUAAUAGUAGUAGUAGUAGUAGUAGUAGUAAUAAUAAUAGUAAUAAUAAUAAUAAUAAUAAUAAUAAUAAUAAUAAUUUGGGACCAUUCUUUCAUUCCAUUAAUUAUUUUUGUUAUUUAUUCAGUUAUUUAAUUUGUAAUCCCCACUACCAUUAUUAUUAUUAUUAUUAUUAUUAUUAUUAUCACUAUUAUUAUUAUUAUUAUUAUCAUCAUCAUCAUUAACAUCAUCAUCAUCAUCAUCAUUAUUAUUAUUAUUACUACUACUAGUAUUAUUUUCUCUCUACAUCUGUACAUACACACACACGCACACACACACACACACAGACAGACAGACAGACAGACAGACAAUGUAGAUUUUUCGUGUAGGUAAUAGUAUAGAAGUCCUUAAAUGUUUAGUAAUAAGAAGAGGAGGAGGAGGAGGAGGAGGAGGAGGAAGA